AUGGAGUACUACGCAGAGAGCGUUAUCACCAUGGUCUACACCAUAGCCAUAGUCACCUCCAACACCCUCAUCUUAUUGGUGGUGGCAUGUACAGAGUCCUUCAGAAACUUGAACAAGAUCUACUUCUGUUCACUCACAUUGGCUGACCUGUGUGUUGGUGUGUUUAUAACGCCGUUUGCUGUGUUCAGUACCUUCAGUAAAAAUUGGAUUUAUAAUGAUGAGAAGUUUUGCCACUUUGAGGCUUACCUAUUGGCUGUGUUCUUCAUCGCAGGUUUGUAUUCAAUGUCUUGGAUGAGUGUUGACCACUACCUUGCGGUCAGGAAACCACAGAGACAUAAAAUCGCAAUGACCCCUACUCGGUCUAUGUGCUGGAUUCUGUUUGCGUGGCUUGGAGCCAUCAGUUUCUGUUGCCCGCCACUCUUUUCAUUUCAGAGGGCAAAUUUUUACCAGGAAGUUUUCAUCUGUUCCAUAGAUGCCGGACCACACAAGCCAUAUUUUGUGACAGCUGGUGUUUUGGUGAUGUUUCCCGCAGUAGUGGCACUCAUCGUUACCAAUGCAUAUAUUUUCACACGCCCAUUCCAAAAGAAACGUUACAUGUUUGAGACUAUUUUACCUGACACAGCCUCACGGCCAGGAAAUUACUUCAUGAACUUUGUAGUGACGAUAAUCUUCUGCAUCGCCUGGUUGCCAUGGUUAAUGUUACAACUGUAUGGUGCGUUUAUAGACCAGUACACCCCCUAUCCCCACCGUGUUCACUUUUAUCUAUUGUGGAUAGCUAUCGGUAACUCUUUCUACAAGUUUUUUGUGUAUUUAGCAAUGAGUCAGGAGUUUCGGAAGGGUUUACGUCAGCUUUGUGGGCACACAGACUGUCACUGUCCUGAGUGUUCCAUUGCACACAAUAUCAGCAUCAACUUCAUCACCGUCAACAGUCGCAAAUAAGCAACAAAUGCAUUUUACCUGUGAGUCAAAAAUAUUACAUUUGGUGAUGCUUGGGAUCACAGGGUCAGGUUCUGAUGUACACGAUAACAAACAGACUGCUUUUUACACACAGUUGUAGACUGAGUGUGUACUGAACCAAUCAGAGUCAUUGUUAUACACACUUGUUUACCAAGUGUACACUGAACCAAUCAGAGACAUUGUUAUACACACUUGUGGAUCAAGUGUACACUGAACCAAUCAGAGACAUUGUUAUACACACUUGUGGACCAAGUGUACAUUGAACCAAUCAGAGACAUUGUUGUACACACUUGUGGACCAACUUAACCAAUUGGAAUAUUUUUUACCCACACUUUUUGUUGACCAAGAUUGCACUGAACCUGUCAGAGUUUUUGUUACACACAGUUGUGGACAAAGUACGCACUUAACAUAUUGGAAUAUUUUUUACCCACACUUGUGGACCAAGAUUGCACUGAACCUGUCAGAGUGUUUGUUACACACAGCUGUGUACACUGCACCAAUCAUAGUGUUUGUUACAUGCAUUUGUGGACCGAGUGUACCCUGAACCAAUCAGAGUCUUUGUUACACACAUUUGUGG